GACGGUCAAAUAAGCGAUCAAGCUAUCGCAUCGGCUGCAAAAUUUAAGCGAAGCCUCGUAGUAGUACGCGCUCGAUAUUCUCUAUAAUAGCAUUAUUUUCACCCGCGACUUAAUGAUAAUAUAAAGUAACGAUAAAGUAGACAAACACAUUGAAAAUGACGUCAACUUUGACGCUUCCUGUGACCGUGACCAAGAUCAUGGAACACCCUGUUGAAGAUAAAUAUGACUGUGAGAAUGACAUUGAUGAAGAAAAUGAGGAUGAUUCUGAGGAGUUUGAAGAUGCUUGCGACUUCACUGAACCAGUCGACCUCGAAGAUAUGACCUUAGACCGGGCCCUGGAGGAAUCCAAAAAAGCCAUUUUCUAUUUUUUCAAUAACCAAUUCAUGGAAGCCAAACAGCUUAUGACUCCAUAUGCAAAUGUAUCAAUGUAUCAUUCAUUAGGCCACGCCAUAUUUCUUUUUCUCGAAGCAAUAUUAACAAUAGAACCAGCAGCUAUAAGACAAGCAUCGAAAGCAUUAAAGCAUGCUUUAGUGGUAUGUAACCGGUUCAGAAAAAAGAACACCAUUGGUGAAUCCUUAGGAAAAAUGGUAAAGAAAAGUCACUAUGAUCAGUUUAAUGAAAUGGAGGCUCAUGCUGAACUCUGCUAUGCUGAAUGCUUGCUUCUGAAGUCGAUGCUUACUUUUAUGGAGGAUGAGACUUUAAGUAGUUUUAUUAAGGCUGGGAUCAAGAUUAGGUCCUGUUUUAAUUCUUACAAAGAAUGUCAACAAAUCCUUAGCAAGAGAAUUUGGGAAAACGAACAAACAAAACUGCAUUUUGAAAGUGGAGUCAAGAUGGGCAUUGGCACCUUUAACCUUAUGAUAUCAAUGCUUCCUUCCAAGAUAAUUAAAUUAUUAGAAUUUAUUGGUUUCCAAGGAAAUAAGGAGCAAGGCUUAACAGAUUUGACUGAAGGCUACCAGUUAAAUGGUAUAAGACAGAUCCUCUGCACUAUGACACUUCUAGGAUAUAAUUUGAUAGUAAUGCAUGUUUUAAGUCACAAGGAAGGAGACAUCCUGAUUUGCGAAGAUAUCUUAGACAGGCAGUUAAAGAAGCACCCUGAUGGUGUUUGGUUUCUAUUUUUCCAAGGCAGGCUGGAGUUUAUGAAGGGAAACCUGGAUGAAAGCAUUAAAUUUUACACGAGAUCAUGGAAAUCUCAAGAUCUAUGGCCACAGUUUCACCACGUUUGCUUUUGGGAGCUUUUGUGGGUGCACUGCCUUAAAUGUGAAUGGAGGGAAGCCUUGAAGUUUAGCAGCAUCUUAAACGAAGAAAGCAGGUGGUCCAAGUGUCUUUAUACUUACCAGAAAGCAGUUAUAAUGAUUAUGCUGAUAAAUGAGUUAACCUUUGAGGAAAAGAUGGAGUUGGAAAAUCUAAUGAGAGACGUUCCAAAGUACAAACAAAGAAUAGCAGGCAAAUCUCUUCCAAUGGAAAAGUUUGCCAUAAAAAAAUCUGAACGCUACUUCAGCCAAAAGAAGAAGCUAAUCCUGCCGGUUCUAGAACUGAUGUUCAUGUGGAACCUUCUUAAGAUAAUGAAGAAUUACUCAGUUGCUUCUGAAAUUAUGAAGCUAAUCGACGAAGCAGAGGCGGACGUUGAAUCAAACAUGAAACCUACAAAAUAUGAUUAUGACAAUAAAGCUCUGGUUUAUUUGCUGAAAGGGGCUUGUCUAAGGCAUAUGGGAGCCCCAAAUCAGGCUAUUGAUUAUUUUGAAAAGGUUAUUAGUAUGCAAAAGAACAUUGUCGAAGAUAACUAUUUAGUUCCUUAUUCUAUUGUUGAAUUAGCCUUAGUUGAAUGGUCGCUGGGGAAUAAAGAAAAAGCUGUGUUAGCCUUGGAAGAUGCCAAAAAAAACUACACGAGCUACUCUUGCGAGUCCAGAUUGCAUUUUAGGAUUCACACGGCAAUGACCGAGUUUAAAGCCGAAUUCAAAAAAUCAAAACGUUAAAAAAGCUUAAUCUUUGCUUGAUAGCAGGUUAUUUUUACUUCUUAACUAAAGUGUUAGGCCGAUUUUUAAUAGGCUUGCGUAGAUAGGCUGCUAUUGCCAGUUACACUGGUUUUGUUUGUAGUAUACGGUUUGUUUUGUAAAUAUAACGUAUUUCUAGUCAAGUGACGGUUAAUUAUUAAUAAAGUUUACACAAAAACAUUUUUUAAAAAUUAUUGUCAGUUUUUUAGGUAUUGACAUAAUUUUUAAUAUUCACUAUUAAAGAACUUAACACGUUUUAAAAUGACCUUCAAUAUAAGUUUCUUGGUCUCUUUGAUAUAUCAAAAUGCAUUUUACGUGAAAUAUAUUGAAAUAUUAUAUAAUCUUAAAAAUCUACUUGUUGCUGGGAUUGUGCAGUGUUAUUUUUAGAUUGUUCGUUAUAAAGCACGCAUUCCAUUUUUAAACUUGGACCAACAAAGCACAUUUUUAGAUUAUGUAGGUAUACAUACGUAAAGUAGAGUUAUUACAAUAAAAUCACUUUAUAUAGAGUGGCAAAUUAAAAAUUAAACAACAUCAAAAAUAAUUUUUGCUACCCUUAUUGUAACGUAAAAACGAAUAUUGACGAUAUUUCGCCUUUUAGAAUAAGUAGAAAAUAUAUUAUGUCAAUAUGUAUAAUUUUUAUAUGUUUUUAUUUAUAUGGCUGUGUCAGUAUACAGUUUUCCAGGGUAGAUAAGUAAAUAUGUCGUUAAGUUUAAUUUUCUUAUUUUGCUAAUAAUAAAUAUGUAGAAAGUUA